AAAACAACAACCAAUAAUCGAUAACAGUUAAUCGCAACUUGUGAACGGCUAGUCGAUAACUUAUCGAUAGCAAUCGGCAUAGACAGACAGACCCACACACGUACACACGUACACACACAGACGCAGACCAGAGAUGGACUCGCUGGAGCGUCUAAUGCGCGCCGCCCCACUGCCCCGCAUGCUGACCAGCGGGGUGGUGGCAACGGCCGCCGCUGCCGCUGCCAGCGCCGCUGCUGGCGUCAAGGGCGUCGUCGGCAUCGCCGGCCAGCAGCAGCAGCAGCAGCGCGCCCUGGUCCAUGCCUCGCUGGCCGCAGCCACAGUGGGACGCAAGGGACGCCAUCUGACCGGGACAUUUUGCCUGACCGGCGAUACCAUGGAGGGCAUCAUACAGUGUUUGGUAUUUCUCAAAGCAUUCUCGCUCGUCGGCGGUGAAUUCGAUAUGGAAUUGAAUUUUGUGAUACAGGAUGCGCAGAAUAUAAAGCAUAUGCUGGAGCUGCUGGAUCAUUGUCCGCCCAAUUUGCAGGCCGAGAUCUGGAGCGUUUUCAUUGCGAUUCUGCGAAAAAGCGUUCGCAACCUGCAGGCCUGCACAGAUGUGGGACUCAUCGAGCAUGUUCUGGUGCGAUUGCAGCGCUCCGAAACGGUUGUGGCAGAUCUGCUCAUCGAGAUGCUGGGCGUAUUGGCCAGCUAUAGCAUAACGGUCAAGGAGCUGAAGCUGCUCUUUGGCACGAUGAAGGCCAACAAUGGCAAAUGGCCGCGUCACUCGGCCAAAUUGUUGAAUGUGCUGCGACAAAUGCCGCACCGCAACGGACCCGAUGUGUUCUUCAGCUUUCCCGGCCGCAAGGGAUCGGCAAUGGUGCUGCCGCCGCUGGCCAAGUGGCCAUACGAGAAUGGAUUCACCUUCACCACCUGGUUUCGAUUGGAUCCCAUCAACUCGGUGAACAUUGAGCGCGAGAAGCCCUACCUCUAUUGCUUCAAGACAUCGAAGGGCGUUGGCUAUACGGCCCACUUUGUGGGCAACUGCCUGGUCCUCACAUCGAUGAAGGUCAAGGGCAAGGGCUUUCAGCAUUGUGUCAAAUAUGAAUUCCAGCCACGCAAGUGGUAUAUGAUUGCCAUUGUGUACAUAUACAACCGUUGGACAAAAAGCGAAAUCAAGUGCCUCGUAAAUGGACAACUGGCGUCUUCAACUGAAAUGGCCUGGUUUGUUUCCACAAACGAUCCCUUUGACAAGUGUUAUAUUGGCGCCACGCCCGAGCUGGACGAGGAGCGCGUCUUCUGCGGCCAAAUGUCGGCGAUUUAUCUGUUCAGCGAGGCGCUGACCACACAGCAGAUCUGUGCCAUGCACCGCCUGGGGCCGGGCUAUAAGUCGCAAUUCCGCUUCGAUAACGAGUGCUAUCUGAAUCUUCCGGACAAUCACAAGCGGGUGAGUCACUUUCAACUAACAAGCAGUUUGGGUGGUGCGCUGCUGGUGGGCGGCGAUGCUGCCGCAGCGAGCAGCAGUGGCAGCAGCAACAGCAACAAUAACAACAGCAGCAGCGGCAGCAACAACAGCGCCCAGCAAUUGCAGCAACAGCAGCAGCAACUGUUGCAGCUGCAAUUCCAAACGCUCGCCGCCGAGCAGGAGGCGAGCGCCAUCGAUUGGUCCGACGAGCGGCUCGACCUGAGCGCGGCCUUUGUCAAGAUACGAGCGGUGCUCACCGCACGCAAUGCAGUUGCCUUGGCAUCGCUAACGGGUGCAGGUGCUGCUGCAGGUGCAGCAGCAGCAGCAACAACAACAACAGCAACGGCAACGGCAGCUGUUGCCGCCGCAGCAGCUGCAGCGGCAAACGCCCCUGGCGCGCCCAACGAUGGCAGCAGCAGCAACACCGAACAGCAGCAACAACAAUCGAACAGCAACAACAGCAACAACAACAACAACAGUAGCAACAAUCACAGUGCGGAUGAUCCGCUUGGCCAUUUGCCCACUGGAAAUGCUUCUUUUGACCAGCUGCGUCGCAUGUCCAGCUUGACCAGCCUGAGCUCCAUGGGCGUGGCCGGCGCCGCUGCCAUCGCCGGCGACACUGAGGAGAUCAACCAGCUCAAAGCUGUGCUGUACGAUGGCAAACUAUCGAAUGCCAUUGUCUUCAUGUACAAUCCGGUGGCAACCGAUGGUCAACUUUGUUUGCAGUCUUCCCCCAAAGGAAAUGUUUCAUAUUUUGUACACACACCGCACGCGCUGAUGCUGCAGGACGUCAAGGCGGUCGUCACGCAUUCCAUCCACUGCACACUCAACUCGAUUGGCGGCAUUCAGGUGCUGUUUCCGCUCUUCUCUCAGCUGGACAUGGCGCACGAGGGCAUAAGCGAUAUCAAGCGAGAUCCGACGCUCUGCUCAAAGCUUUUGGGCUUCAUCUGCGAACUGGUGGAGACAUCGCAGACUGUGCAACAGCACAUGAUACAGAAUCGAGGCUUCCUCGUGAUAUCCUUUAUGCUGCAGCGAUCGUCGCGCGAACAUCUGACACUGGAGGUACUGGGCUCGUUUCUCAACCUGACCAAGUACCUGGUCACGUGCCUGUCGGCCAACAGCGAUCUGCUGCUCAAGCAGUUGUUCUGUUUCUCGUUUCUCACGUGGCAGCUGCUCGACCACGUGCUCUUCAAUCCAGCCCUGUGGAUCUACACGCCGGCCAAUGUACAGGCACGCCUCUACUCGUACCUGGCCACCGAGUUCCUCAGCGACACUCAGAUCUACAGCAAUGUACGGCGCGUCAGCACCGUUCUCCAGACAGUUCACACACUCAAGUAUUACUAUUGGGUUGUCAAUCCGCGUGCCAAGAGCGGCAUCAUACCAAAGGGUUUGGAUGGCCCGCGACCGGCUCAGAAGGACAUCCUGGCCAUACGCGCCUACAUCCUGCUGUUCCUCAAGCAGCUCAUUAUGAUCGGCAAUGGCGUCAAGGAGGAUGAAUUGCAAAGCAUACUCAACUAUCUGACCACCAUGCAUGAGGACGAGAAUCUGCACGAUGUACUGCAGAUGCUCAUCUCGUUGAUGUCGGAGCACCCCAGCUCAAUGGUACCUGCAUUCGAUGUAAAGCACGGCGUGCGCAGCAUCUUCAAGUUGUUGGCGGCCGAAAGUCAAUUGAUACGCCUCCAGGCGCUGAAGCUGCUCGGCUUCUUCCUCUCGCGCAGCACACACAAACGUAAGUACGAUGUCAUGUCGCCGCACAAUUUGUACACGCUAUUAGCGGAGCGUCUGCUGCUGUACGAGGAGUCGUUGUCGCUGCCCACAUACAAUGUGCUCUUCGAAAUUAUGACCGAGCACAUAUCACAGCAGAUAUUGUACACGCGCCAUCCGGAGCCAGAGGGCCAUUACCGUCUGGAGAAUCCAAUGAUACUGAAGGUGGUCGCCACGCUGAUUCGCCAGUCGAAGCAGACCGAGUCCCUGAUCGAGGUGAAGAAGCUCUUUCUGCAGGACAUGACGCUGCUGUGCAAUAGCAAUCGGGAGAAUCGGCGCACCGUCCUCCAAAUGUCCGUCUGGCAGGAGUGGCUCAUUGCCAUGGCCUACAUCCACCCGAAGAACACCGAGGAGCAGAAGAUCAGCGACAUGGUCUACUCGCUGUUCCGCAUGCUGCUGCACCAUGCCAUCAAGCAUGAGUACGGCGGCUGGCGCGUCUGGGUGGACACCCUGGCCAUCGUCCACUCGAAGGUCUCCUAUGAGGAGUUCAAGCUGCAGUUCGCCCAGAUGUACGAGCACUACGAGCGACAGCGCACCGACAACAUCACCGAUCCCGCCCUGCGUCAAGCCCGCCCCAUCAGCACCAUCAGCGGCUGGGAGCGCGAGGAGCUGCAGCAGCAGCAGAACGGCCCAGUUGCACCUCAGCAACAGCAGCAACAGCAACAGCAGCAGCAGCAGCAGCAGCAGCAGUUGCAGCAACAGCAGCUGCCGGCUAUAAAGAGCGCCGUGUCUGUGGCCUCGCUGGAGGAUGUGCCACCCGUCGAGGAGGAGGCCGAGGAGCUGGAGCUAGAGAGCGUCGAGGUCGACGCACAGGAGCUGCAGCUGAGCGAAGAAGCUGCCGCAACGCCUGCCGACUCCUGCGCCUGCGCAGCCAACGGGCAGCCAGCCGAGGCGGCUUCCGUGGAGGCGACUGAGCAGCAGGAGCCGGUCAACAAAUCGGUGAUUGCCAACAUUUCGGAUGUGUACAAUGAGCAAAUCAAAACGGAUGAGGCGCUGCAAAGCGCUCCGGCGGCGGCCACGUGCAACGGCAGCCUGAGUCCCAGUCCCUCGGAGGAGAAGUCGCAGGAGGCCGGGCAGCAGGCAGCUGUCGGUGGCCAGGCGGCGCUUAAGAAGAUGCUGCAGAUAGAAGAAGACCUGGAGGAGCUGGAGCUGGCGACGGCCAAGGAUGCGCUCGAUGUGGAGCGGCAUGUGGCCCAGGUGCUGCAGGUGUCGGAGGCAGCACUGAAUGACUGCAAAAUGGUCGUGGACGAUGUGCUGCAGGAGUCCUCGUCGGUGCUGAAGGACGAGGAGAUCGAGCUGGCUGUCAACGAGGUGGUGCAGGGUGUGCUCAAGAGCGAGAAGAAGACGCCGGCACAGGACAAUGUGAGUCUGCUCAACAGCAAGAAUCUGCUGAACAACAACAACAACAACAACAAUAACAGCACCAGCGAGCCAGAGGAGCUGCAGCAGCAGCAGAAGGAGAAGGAGACGGAGACCAAAGCGACAGAAGCCGAGGUGAAUGCUAAUGAAAUAAACAGCGACGAGUCAACAACAGCCACAACAGCGCAGCUGGAGAAGAGAGACGGCCCAGAGGGCUCCGAGCAGGAGCAGGAGCAGGAGCAGGAGUCGUCGAACACAGCAGCAACCACCAAUCAAAAGACUGAAGAUGCGGCCAACAAGCUGAACAACAACGAGAAACUGGAGCUCAGCAACAGCUCCAGUCCCAGCUCCAGCUCCAGUGCCAGCGCCAGGUCUAGGUCCAGCUCCAGCCAAAUGCCAGCAGCCAGUGUCGAGCAGGAGCUGAGCUCAAUGCUGAGCAGCGAGGAGCUAACGGAGUCGACGGCAAAGGCGGGUCUGGCGACCGCAGAGCCCGAGCUGGCUGACACGACGGAGGAUGUGGUGGCCACAGCGGUGCGCGACAUUGUGGAGCAGCUCAUCGACAAGGUAAUCGAUGCAGCCGAGGCGGAAACGAAAGCCGCAGACGCAGCCGCAGCCGCAGCCACAGCUGAAACCGCGACAGCGCCCGAUAUCGAAAGCGAAACCAAAACCCAGACCCAGACCCAGACCGAGAGCGAGAGCGAGACCGUAACUGAAACUGAAACCAACAACAAUGAGGUGCAGAAGGAAACCACAAAGCAGACAGCCGCAGAAGCCGAGCCCAAGCCCGAGCCCGCGACAGAGAAAGAGACAGAGACAGCGACAGAGACAGAGACAGCGACAGCAACAGAGACAGGGAAGGAUGUGGAAGAGGAGCAGGCAAGCUUAGCCGCCGCCGCCGCUGAGGAAAUAGUUCAUGAGGUGGUCGAGGCGGCGCUCGAUCUGGCCGAGGCACAAGCUCAGCCCCAGGAAUCCGUGGAGGAUCAAGUGCCGGCCAUUGUCAAUGCAGUGCUGGACACGCUAGUGGAUGAGACCGUCAAGGCCGUGGCCUCCGAGCAGACCACACAGACCUCACCAACGCCCGAAGAGCAGCCGGCGCACAUCGAGCCGCUGGCCAAGUCCGAGGAGUCGGCACCGAUUGCGUUGCGCUCGAAGCCCAACGAGGUGGACUCCACGACGCAAACAACGCCAAAGAUCGAGGCGGACACACACAAGGGCCUCGACGAGCUGCCCGGAGCCGAAGCCGAUGCGGAUGCCGACGUCGAUGCGGAUGCCGAUGCCGAUGCGGAUGCCGAGGCCGAUAUCGAGGACGAUGCCCAGGACACAACCAACGCCGACGACGACGACUACGCCGUACAGCAGUCGCAGUCGCAGCCGGCAGCAGCCCCGUCCGCUGUCAGUGCAGAAGGCGCCGCUCAGAUGGAGGGCAAUCAUUAUGCUGCAGGCGGCACAGCCGGCGUGGAGGGGGGCAAACAGCAACGGUCCAAGUCCGGCUCGACUCGGCCCAUGUUCAGUCCGGGACCGACCCGUCCGCCGUUCCGCAUACCGGAGUUCAAAUGGUCCUACAUACACCAGCGCCUGCUGAGCGAUGUGCUCUUCUCCCUGGAGACCGACAUCCAGGUGUGGCGCAGUCACUCCACCAAGAGCGUCCUCGACUUUGUCAACUCGAGCGAGAACGCCAUCUUUGUGGUCAACACGGUGCAUCUGAUCUCCCAGCUGGCUGAUAAUCUGAUCAUUGCCUGCGGCGGACUCCUGCCGCUGCUCGCCAGCGCCACAUCGCCCAAUUCCGAGCUGGAUGUGCUGGAGCCCACACAGGGCAUGCCACUGGAGGUGGCCGUGUCCUUCCUGCAGCGCCUGGUCAACAUGGCCGACGUCCUCAUCUUUGCCACCUCGCUGAACUUCGGCGAGCUGGAGGCCGAGAAGAACAUGUCCAGCGGCGGCAUCCUGCGCCAGUGCCUGCGCCUCGUCUGCACCUGCGCCGUGCGCAACUGCCUCGAGUGCAAGGAGCGCACGCGCUACAACGUGGGCGCCCUGGCGCGCGAUGUGCCCGGCGCAGCGCAUCUGCAGGCGCUCAUACGCGGCGCGCAGGCAUCGCCCAAGAACAUUGUGGAGUCAAUCACCGGUCAAUUAUCCCCCGUCAAGGAUCCUGAGAAGUUGCUCCAGGACAUGGACGUCAAUCGCCUAAGGGCCGUCAUCUAUCGCGAUGUGGAGGAAACGAAACAAGCGCAAUUCCUAUCGCUGGCCAUCGUUUAUUUCAUUUCGGUGCUGAUGGUAUCCAAAUAUCGGGACAUUUUGGAACCACCCGCAGAGCCUCAGAUUCAACGUCAAUCCCCGGUGCUGCAGCGCAGCGCGGGCAGCGAAGCCGCCAGCGCGCGUCCCUUGUUCCCGCAAUGGUCGCACCACGUCUAUCCGCAAUUUCUGCCCGAGUCGCAUCAGAAUCACGUGAGCAACGUCUCAAUGCAGCAGCAACAGCAGCAACAGCAGCAGCAGCAGCAGCAGUUGGGCAAUAUAUCACCACCUCCUCCGCUGGGCGGCACACACUCGACGAGCUCCUCAGCCAGCUCGACGGGCACGUCGCAGCCAGCGUCCAGCUCGUCGCUGUCCUCGCUGGCCUCGCAGAGCCAGCAACAGGUGCCGGCCGCAGCAACAUUGCAGCAUCGUCAGCAGCUGCACAAGCAGCAGCAACAUUUCCAUGCCCAUCAGCCGCACUAUGCGCUGAUCAAUGGCCACCAGCAACAGCAACAGCAGCAGCAGCAGCAACAGCAGCAGCAGCAACUGCUUAAUGGCAAGCACAACCACUAUGGCGGCCAGGUGGAGAAUGGCACCACUGUGGGCGGUGGCUAUCAUGCGCAUCCGCAUGCCUAUAUGCGUGGCAUGCAGCUGAAUGGGGAGCAGCAGCAACAGCAGCAACAGCAACAGCAGCAACAGCAGCAGCAGCAGCAACAGGGCGUCUCACGACUGGGCAUGGUCGUGGGCAGUGAGCGCGGCGAUAAGCCCGAUUCGGAGAUAUCGGUGGUGCGUGUGCCGGACGGCUAUGGUGUGGGUGGUGCUGGCAUUGCCGCUGGCGGUGCUGGUAGUGCGAACACCGUGCCUGGCGCACAGCAGCCCCAGCAGCAGCAGCGCACGCGACCCGAUGAGCUGCCCAUGAAGCCGCCGGCGCUGGUUGCCCAGCUGCCGCUGACGACGCCGUCGCGCGAGGCGAGCCUCACGCAGAAGCUGGAGAUAGCGCUGGGUCCAGUGUGUCCGCUGCUGCGCGAAAUCAUGGUGGACUUUGCGCCCUUCCUCUCCAAGACGCUGGUCGGCUCGCACGGUCAGGAGCUGCUGAUGGAGGGCAAGGGUCUGACCACGUUCAAGAACUCGCACUCCGUCGUCGAGCUGGUCAUGCUGCUCUGCUCGCAGGAGUGGCAGAACAGCCUGCAGAAGCACGCCGGCCUCGCCUUCAUUGAGCUGAUCAACGAGGGCCGGCUGCUCUCGCACGCCAUGAAGGAUCACAUUGUGCGCGUGGCCAACGAGGCUGAGUUCAUACUGAACCGCAUGCGCGCCGACGAUGUGCUCAAACACGCCGACUUCGAGUCGCAGUGCGCCCAGACGCUGCUCGAGCGGCGCGAGGAGGAGCGCAUGUGCGACCACCUGAUCACAGCCGCACGCCGUCGCGACAAUGUCAUCGCCAGCCGACUCCUAGAGAAGGUGCGCAACAUAAUGUGCAAUCGGCAUGGCGCCUGGGGCGAUGCCAACGGCAUUGGCUCCAUCACCAGCUCGCUGACGGCGACCGUGGGCCCGCUGGCGAAGACCACCUACUGGAAGCUGGACGCCUGGGAGGACGACGCACGUCGCCGCAAGCGCAUGGUGCAGAACCCGCGCGGCUCUUCGCAUCCGCAGGCCACGCUGAAGGCGGCGCUGGAGAACGGCGCCCCGGAGGACGCCAUCCUGCAGACGCGGGACGAGUUCCACACACAGAUUGCGGUGUCCCGGGCGCACCCCUCGUCGCAGCACAACAGCGAGCUGCUGGACGACGCCGAGCUGCUCAUCGAGGAUCGUGAGCUCGAUCUGGAUCUAACCGGGCCCGUCAACAUCAGCACCAAGGCGCGCCUGAUAGCACCGGGCCUGGUAGCGCCCGGCACCGUCUCGAUCACCAGCACCGAGAUGUUCUUUGAGGUGGACGAGGAUCACCCGGAGUUCCACAAGAUCGACGCCGAGGUGCUCAAGUACUGUGACCAUCUCCAUGGCAAAUGGUACUUCUCCGAGGUGCGGGCCAUCUUCUCGCGCCGCUACCUGCUGCAGAACGUGGCCCUGGAGAUCUUCUUGGCCAGCCGCACCUCCAUCCUGUUCGCCUUUCCCGACCAGCACACCGUCAAGAAGGUGAUCAAGGCGCUGCCACGCGUCGGCGUGGGCAUCAAGUACGGCAUACCGCAGACUCGGCGCGCCUCGAUGAUGUCGCCGCGCCAGCUGAUGCGCAACUCGAACAUGACACAGAAAUGGCAGCGUCGCGAGAUCUCCAACUUUGAGUACUUGAUGUUCCUCAACACGAUCGCCGGCCGCACGUACAACGAUCUGAACCAGUACCCGAUCUUUCCCUGGGUGCUCACCAACUACGACUCCAAGGAUCUGGACCUCAGCCUGCCCUCCAACUACCGGGAUCUGUCGAAGCCAAUUGGCGCACUGAAUCCGUCGCGUCGCGCCUACUUCGAGGAGCGCUACGAGAGCUGGGACAGCGACACGAUUCCGCCCUUCCACUACGGCACCCACUACUCGACCGCCGCAUUCACUCUCAACUGGCUGGUGCGCGUGGAGCCAUUCACGUCCAUGUUCCUGGCACUGCAGGGCGGCAAAUUCGACUAUCCGGAUCGACUGUUCUCGUCCGUUUCGCUCAGCUGGAAGAACUGCCAGCGCGAUACGUCCGAUGUGAAGGAGCUGAUACCCGAAUGGUAUUUCCUGCCGGAGAUGUUCUACAAUGCGUCCGGCUAUCGGCUGGGACAUCGGGAGGAUGGCGCCCUGGUGGACGAUAUCGAGCUACCCCCCUGGGCCAAGACCCCCGAGGAGUUUGUGCGCAUCAAUCGCAUGGCUCUCGAAUCGGAGUUCGUGUCCUGCCAGCUGCACCAGUGGAUCGAUCUGAUAUUCGGCUACAAGCAGCGCGGACCCGAGGCGAUCCGGGCCACCAACGUGUUCUACUAUCUCACCUAUGAGGGCAGCGUCGAUCUGGACGGCGUGCACGAUCCGGUGAUGCGCGAGGCAGUCGAGAAUCAAAUACGCAACUUUGGCCAAACGCCCAGCCAGCUGCUGAUGGAGCCGCAUCCACCGCGCAGCUCGGCCAUGCACCUGUCGCCCAUGAUGUUCAGUGCCAUGCCCGAGGAUCUGUGCCAGAUGCUCAAGUUCUAUCAAAAUUCGCCCAUCAUACACAUCUCGGCCAACACGUAUCCGCAGCUAUCGCUGCCGUCCGUCGUCACGGUGACCGCUGGCCAUCAGUUUGCGGUGAAUCGCUGGAACUGCAACUACACCGCAUCCGUCCAGAGUCCAAGCUACGCUGAGUCGCCGCAAUCGCCGGGCUCCAAUCAGCCGCUGACCAUUGAUCCAGUGCUGACUGUGCAUGGCACCAACAACAAUAGCCAUGCGGUGAGCCGUCGCCAUUUGGGCGACAACUUUAGCCAAAUGCUUAAGAUUCGCUCGAACUGCUUUGUGACCACCGUGGACAGUCGCUUCCUCAUUGCCUGCGGCUUCUGGGACAACAGUUUUCGAGUGUUUGCAACUGAGACAGCGAAAAUCGUGCAAAUCGUCUUCGGGCACUUCGGCGUCGUCACGUGCAUGGCCCGCAGCGAGUGCAACAUUACGUCGGACUGCUACAUAGCGUCCGGCUCGGCGGACUGCACCGUGCUGCUCUGGCACUGGAAUGCCCGUACCCAGAGCAUUGUCGGCGAGGGAGACGUGCCCACGCCUCGUGCCACGCUCACGGGUCACGAGCAGGCAGUCACCUCGGUGGUCAUCAGCGCUGAGCUCGGACUGGUUGUGUCGGGCUCAACGAACGGUCCCGUUUUGAUACACACAACCUUUGGCGACUUGUUGCGCUCGCUGGACCCGCCCGUCGACUUCCACUCGCCGGAGCUGAUAACCAUGUCGCGCGAGGGCUUCAUAGUCAUCAACUAUGACAAGGGCAACGUCGCGGCCUACACCAUCAAUGGCAAGAAGCUGCGCCACGAGACACACAACGACAAUCUGCAGUGCAUGCUGCUCUCGCGCGAUGGCGAGUAUCUGAUGACCGCCGGAGAUCGCGGCAUUGUCGAGGUGUGGCGCACCUUCAACCUGGCGCCGCUCUAUGCCUUCCCCGCCUGCAAUGCGGGCAUACGCUCGCUGGCCCUCACUCAUGAUCAGAAAUAUUUGCUCGCUGGCCUGUCAACUGGUUCCAUCAUUGUGUUCCACAUUGACUUCAAUCGCUGGCAUCAUGAGUAUCAGCAGCGCUACUAAGCCACGCCCACACAGCCCCUCAGACCUACAAGAACAGCUGAAUCAAAAGGAAAUAGAAAUGGACAUGGAAAUGAAAAUGAAAAUGGAGAGAGCAUGCGUGCUUGGGCAGGCAAGUGAAGUAUGGUGGAAAGAGAACGCAACGAUGUAUUUACGUGCAGAAAGAGAGAGGAGAUACGAGUAUUUGUUUGUUUGUUUGUAUUUUGAUUUUCGGUUUUCGAUCGAUAGACAUUUACAAUUCUAGGCUAGUAAGCAAACGAAACUAUAUAUUUUUUUUGUCUAGUAUUACUUAACGUAUAGCAUAUAUUACCUAGUAUGUUGGUGUGAGCCAGUCAAAA